AUGGACUACCCAUUACCGAGGAGAACUCGGUUGCAAAAAGCUUUGUUUUACAGAGAGUUCAACGAGAAGAAGAAGAAGCAGAAGAAGGCUGAUGGAGGGUCCGGUGGUGGUCUGAAUUUAGGGUUUGAUGGUGGUGGUGGGAGUGAUGUGGAUGGGGAAGUUGAAUCCAAUGGUGGAGUUAAUUUUGGUAGUUUUCAGAGGAAUGAGAGUUUGGGGAUUAUGAAAGUUCAGAAUUUGAAAAAGGGUAUGAGAAAAGAUCAGAAUUUUGACAAACCUAGUGUUGGUUCAAAGGAAAACAAAAGGUAUAGUCAAAGAUUGAAGAAUAACAAGAAUGUGAUUGGAAUGGGGCUUGAUGAUGAUGAUGAUGAGAGUGAUAACGAAGUUCAAAUCAUAGGUAUGAAGGAUAAGGAUGGUAGAGUGGUUGAGGAUAGUGUUGGGCUCAAUGAUGGAGAGAAGAGUUGCGGUUUAUCGAGUCAAGUUCGAUCACAGUUAAAGGAGGAGGUAAUUGAUGUUGUCUCUAUUGAUUUAGAGGUGCCGAGCGAGAGUGAUGGUGACAGUGAAUCUAUUGGCAAUGCUAAAGUUGCUAAUUUGGGGAAGAGAAGGCGAAUUUGUGGGUUGGAUAUUUUGGUUGAUUGUGAGAAAGAACUGGGUGAAGAAGAGAUUGAAAGGCCUACUACCAUGGCAGAACGUGUUUGUCUGAGACAUGUUUCUAAAUCCACAAAAUCUGAAAAGAAGAUACAGGAAUUUGGGGUUAGUGAAUCCAAUGGCAAUGCUAAAGUUGCUCAUUUGGGGCAGUUGAGUUCUUGUAGUUUGGAUGAUGAGGGAAAGGAGAGAAGCAUUGAAGGUGGGUUAAAGAGAAGGCGAAUUUGUGGGUUGGACAUUUUGGUUGAUUGUGAGAAAGAAGACGGUGUAGAAGAGAUUGAAAAGCCUAAAACCGUGGCAGAACGGGUUCAUCUGAGACAUGUUUCUAAAUCCACAAAAUCUGAAAAGAAGAAACAGAAGUUUGGGACUUUUAGUUGCCCAUUUACUCUUACUGGUGAUGAUUUUAAGACUGGUUUAAAAAAUUGUAACGAUGGAAAAUAUGUGUGGAAAGCUGGUGAGAAUGGUGAGGAAAGCGAAGAGGAAGUGAUGAGGCCUGCUAAGAGAAAGCGUAAUGCUGUGGGCUCUGCGAUUCCAAUAUCAGUUGAUAAGAUUCUUGCAGAUUCUAUUUGGGAGAAGGGAGAUGUGCCUCUGGAAAAUUUAGUUCCUUCUGAACACAAGGUUCCUGAUCAAGAAGCAACACUACCCUUAAAGUUCAGCUUUGGCUUUGAAGAUGAGGAUCCAAAACCACCUGAGAAAUCUUAUUGGGAAAUUGAAGCGGGUAAACUUUUUGCUGAGAGGGAUUUUGUUCUCGCAACUUGUGAGAUUGGUUCUUCAGAUUCUUUCAUGGUUGACAAUGAGGACAGUAUCACUCAAGACGCUGAAAGUGAUCCAGCUACCUGUUGCUGUCAAGGGAGGCAGCAGCUUGUUCUUGAUGAACAAAUUGGGCUAAAAUGCAAAUUUUGCUCUUUUGUGAAGUUGGAGAUUAAGCACAUCUUACCUUCAUUUAGUAAGCAUCCCUGGGGAAGAAGAACUAACAAGAAAAACUUAGGCAGCACAGACCAUUUCAAUCUUGAUGAUCUUCAGUUCCAAGACUCGGCUCCUCUAUACCAGUCUAGUUCUAAACGACACGCUUAUGCCAAAAGCACGGUGUGGGACAUCAUUCCCGGUGUUAAAGAUAGUAUGUAUCCACAUCAACGUGAAGGUUUUGAAUUUAUAUGGAAAAACAUAGCCGGAGGCAUGGACCUUGAAGAGUUGAAGAACAAGAAUGAUUUUGAUGGUGGAAGUGGAUGCAUUAUCUCACACGCCCCCGGUACAGGGAAAACUCGUCUGACAAUAGUAUUUCUCCAAACAUACAUGGCAUUAUAUCGAUCGUGCAGGCCAGUCAUUAUUGCUCCUAGCAGCAUGCUUUUGACCUGGGAAGAAGAGUUCAGGAAAUGGAAUGUUGAUAUACCCUUCCACAAUCUGAACAAACUGAACUAUUCAGGCCAGGAAAAUGAAGUGUCUGUUAGUCUAGCGAAGCAACAUGGACCCCAAGGACAAAAUGAAAACUCUAUUCGUCUGGCAAAGCUGUAUUCAUGGCAAAUGUGUGGAAGUGUCUUGGGGAUCAGCUACACGCUAUUUGAGCGACUUGUUGGGGAUGGUGUUUUUAGAAAAAUGCUUCUUGAACUUCCUGGUCUUUUGGUCCUUGACGAAGGCCACACUCCUCGCAACGAUCGAAGUCAAAUUUGGAAAGCCCUUUCAGGAGUCAAAACUCAAAAGCGCAUUAUCCUCUCAGGGACUCCUUUUCAAAACAACUUUCGCGAGCUCUUUAAUACACUUCGCUUAGUUAGACCCAAGUUCGCUGACAAGAUUGACCCCUUUGUGUAUGUACAUAGACAAGGGAGGAAAAGCAGUGCAGCAAGAGGGAAAUGGGAUUCGCUGACCAGCUCUAUUGGUAAGGAUAGCAAUAAUAAACUAGACAAACUCAAAUCCAUGAUCAACCCGUUUGUGCACGUACAUAAAGGUUCGAUACUCAAAGAAAGUCUUCCCGGUUUGAGGGACUCCGUGGUUGUUUUAGCACCAACGCACGUUGAGAAAGGCCUCAUCAAAGUCAUUCAAGGCAGGAAAAACCAACUCGAACGCUACCACCUUGUAUCUUUGAUUUCUGUAAACCCUUCGUUGUUGCUCAAGCGUUUAUCUGAAGAAGAAGCGCUCUCAAUUCACGAAGAUAGGCUAGAAAGGCUUAGAUUUGAUCCUAAAGCUGGUGUCAAAACAAAAUUCAUCAUAGAACUAAUCCGGCUAAGUCAGCCAUUGAAAGAAAAGGUUUUGGUUUUCAGUCAAUAUACCGUUCCAUUGACUUUCCUAAGAAAGCACCUUAAAUCCCACUUUGCUUGGACAGAAGGAAAAGAAUUAUUAUACAUGGAUGGAAAGUGCGAUGCAAAGCAGCGCCAGUCCUCAAUUAGUUUGCUCAACGAUCCUGCAAGUGAAGUACAAGUACUGCUUGCAUCAACAAAGGCGUGUUGUGAGGGGAUAAAUCUUGUUGGUGCUUCUAGAGUUGUUUUGCUCGAUGUUGUUUGGAACCCAUCUGUAGAAAGGCAAGCUAUAAGCCGGGCAUACAGGCUUGGUCAGAAGAAAAUUGUCUACCUCUACCGUCUGAUCACAUCUGGAACAAUGGAAGGUGAGAAAUACAUAAGACAGGCUGAGAAGGACCGGUUAUCUGAGUUGCUGUUUUCUUCGUCGGAUGACGGAGUUUGUAGGUCAGAAAAAAUCUCAUGUACAGUCAGUGAAGAUGAGAUCCUACAAGAGAUGGUUCAGCACAAGAAGCUCAGCCAUAUGUUUGAAAAAAUUCUCAACCAACCAAAAGAAUCUGAUUUAAUCGACACUUUUGGUUUGGUUGAUUUGUGAAAAAACUGUCCAACAUUCUUUUUCCGGCAUUUGUAAAUGCAGUGUAGGAGUCUGUAAUACGGGGAUUGAUGCAGAUUGGUAUUUUUGCUUCCAUUAACCAUGUAAUACUAGUGUCUAUAGCAAAUGGGCUUUGAUUCUGUUUUCUGAAUUUUUUUAUGGUAACUUAUGAAUACUGA